AUGGAUCAGAGCAUACUGACGGUGUUUCGUGUGCACGCAAACUUGUUUCGAACCAUAUCAAAUUUGAUAGACGACCGUAAAUUUCAAAAUUGCACCAACAACGUGGCUCAAAAUUCUAAAUUCACACUUUCGUCCUUCAACAGGUCCAGAACAGAGCCGUCGUCCAGAAGCAGCUGCCACUCGGCGAUCUGGAAACUCUCACCUCUGUUGCUUCUGGAAGCUUUCAAUUUCAUCAACGCUCCGGCAGAAUCUCCGGCAACUCGCACUUGGAUGUCCACGUUACCCUUCAUUGUGUUGAGUUCUCCCUUGAUCCAUGGAACGUUACCCUCAAAAGUGAUGGAUUUGCCCAGUUUUUCACGGGCAACUUUAGAUCUCCGUAGAAAAUACAUUGUAGCGUUCAUGAUUGGAGACGAAACCUUCUCGUAG